AUGGCAAAUUCAAUCAUUUUAGAUUUCUAUUUUUUAUCCAUCUCUUACAGGAAAGCAAUCUCCAGGUCUGGCCUUCAACAUUUGGCUCCCGUUCAAAACCUCAACAUGGCCAUCAGUAAUGGACCAGUGAAGGAGCCAAGAAUGGCACUAGAAUGGAGUGAAAAUGCAAUAAAUGGUGAACAUCUCUGGCUGGAGACCAAUGUAUCUGGGGAUUUGUGCUACCUGGGAGAGGAAGGCUGUCAAGUCAAAUUCUCUAAGUCAGCUGUUCGAAGAAAAUGCGCAGCAUGCAAGAUUGUGGUCCACAACGCAUGCAUGGAGCAGCUGGAAAAGAUUAACUUCCGGUGCAAGCCAACUUUUCGAGAAGGCAGUUCCAGAUCUCCAAGAGAGAAUUUUGUUCGGCAUCACUGGGUUCACAGAAGGCGACAGGAAGGGAAAUGUAAACAGUGUGGAAAGGGCUUUCAACAAAAAUUCUCCUUUCAUAGUAAAGAGAUUGUGGCUAUCAGCUGUUCAUGGUGCAAGCAAGCA